AUGGGACUCAUUGUGUCAACAUUUGGCGACCAUCUAAAUGCAGAAUUACCUGCAUGUCUUCCUAUGCUUGUUUAUCGUAUGGGAAAUGAGAUAACUCGACUUACUGCUGUUAAGGGUCUGAAAUCAUUCCAUGAUCCGUCUUAUGGUUAUUUCCUCUUACACAUACUUUUGGAUGUCUCUGAGGAUCUCAGCCCAAGAGUAAACUGUAGCCAUAUUAUUUGUUUAAAAUGCCUUUAGGCUCAAAUUCACAAUCAGCCGAAGUUUGCCUUGCCAUGAAUCAGAAUGCACUUUCUUCCUCUGACAACCAUGGAAGGGCCUUAAAAUCCGAGGAGGAUAAAGAAGAAGGGGAGGAGGAGGAAGAUGAGGAUGCAGAUUUUAACCCUUUUCUAAAGGAAAAUCUUUCACAAGAGGCUUCUUCAAGUUUGAGCUCUGAAGUUGAUGGUUUGGAUGGUAAUGUGAUCACUAGUAAGCCAUCUGUAGGUUCAGAGUUAUCAAAGGUGACAACUAAAGAGCAAACCUGUACUGCCAUAGAUAAUGAACAUGGCGAGGAGGAAGUUGUUUUACAACCUUCUGGUAUGAUAUCUUUGUCAGAGAUUAAUCAAGUGAAGCACAAUGACCUAACCAGUGUGGCUAUUGGCAAUGGUUCAAGAACAGGAGAACUAAGUGACAAAACAAAUUCUCGAAGUCCUGUAAUAGAUGUAGACAAUGAGGAUGCUAUCUGUAUGCGCACCAGAGCUCGUUAUUCACUUGCAAGUUUUACACUUGAUGAGCUUGAGACUUUUCUUCAAGAAACUGAUGAUGAUGAUGAUCUCCAAAAUGCUGAUGAUGAAGAAGAGUAUAAAAAAUUUUUAACAGCUGUUUUACAGGGUGGGGAUGAUGGUUUUUCAACUCAUGAAAAUGAAAAUCUUGAUGAUGAUGAGGAUAACGAUGCAGACUUCGAAAUAGAACUGGAGGAGUUAUUGGAAAGUGAUGCUGAAGACAACUCAAUGGUAAAAACCCGAAAAGAGUCCGAUCGAGCUGGACGACGACCCGAGACUAGGCAAAAUAAGCGACAAAAGGUGUCUGCACAAUGUGAGAAGAAAACAUUAGGAGAAGUCAAGAGGCCACUCCGUCCCAUUUUGCCUAAUUGGCUGAAUGGAACUCUAGCUUCAGGAAAAGGUUUGGUUCCUGAGGCUUCUCUGAGCUUUCAGUCUUCUGCUUCAGGAAAUGGUCUUGUCAAUGGGUUCACUCCCAUGCAGAUUGGUCAGUUGCACUGUUUGAUACACGAGCACAUACAACUUCUUAUUCAGGUGUUCUCUUUGUCAGUUCUUGAACCUUCCCAAAAACAGGUUGCUUCUCAGGUUCAAGGUUUGCUUUUUGAGAUGCUUCACAAACGUGAUGAACUAUUAGCUUCAAAAAGAGUUCCAUAUCCCACUGUUUGCUUUUCUCCAUCUUUUUCUUCCUCAUCUGUGUCUGAAGGAGGCUCAAAGUUUGUCCAGGUCCAGUCCAAUAGCGAAGAAUAUGGUCCUCCUCAAGAUGCACAUAAUGUCUUGUGUUCUCAAUCAAUUCAGAAAUCCUCUGAAGGUUUGAACUUGCAAAGCUGUUUCCAACCUGCUGAGAGUUCUUUCUGGAUUCCAUCUGUAAGAGGCCCUGUAAAAUCUAUUUUGGAUGUUUCUCCUCUUCAUUUAGUAAGAAGCUACANUGAUGACAUUAAUUCUGCUGCCCAAGAGUUUCGAAAGAGAUACAUUGAGUCUCGUUCCGAUUCACCUGUUGAAAAGGAACCUCUCUUUCCUUUUUCUUCAUCAGUUGCUGAAGCUAGUAGUGAAAUUUCUAGUGGAACCACCGCUAGAGCAGUUAACGCAGUCUCAACUUCACCCGGUCAACAACAACCAAAGAAAACAUUGGCUGCUAUGCUUGUUGAAAGUACAAAAAAGCAGUCAAUUGCUUUGGUGCCGAAGGAAGUUGCAAAGUUAGCUCAAAGAUUUUUGGCCUUGUUCAAUCCAGCAUUAUUCCCACAUAAUCCACCCCCAGCAGCAGUUGUAAAUAGGAUACUUUUCACUGAUUCUGAGGAUGAAUUACUAGCCUUAGGGAUAAUGGAAUACAAUACAGAUUGGAAAGCAAUUCAACAACGUUUUCUUCCCUGCAAGUCUAAGCACCAGAUUUUUGUGAGGCAGAAGAAUCGUUGCUCUUCAAAAGCAUCAGAGAAUCCAAUAAAGGCUGUUCGAAGAAUGAAAACCUCCCCAUUGACUGCAGAGGAGAUAGCAUGCAUUCAAGAGGGACUCAAGAUUUAUAAAUUUGAUUGGAUGUCAGUAUGGCAGUAUAUUGUUCCACAUAGAGAUCCAUCNUUGCUUCCACGCCAGUGGCGCAUUGCUCUUGGCACUCAAAAGUCAUACAAGAUAGACGAAUCAAAAAGGGAGAAGAGGAGAUUGUACGAGUCACAAAGAAGAAAGUUAAAGGCUGCCUCAUUAGAAAGUUGGCGAGCUAUAUCUGAUAAAGAGGAUUGUGAUACUGAAAUUGCUGGUUCAGAGUCCAUGGAUUAUUCAGAUGUACCAUACGUGCACCAGGCAUUUCUGGCAGAUUGGAGGCCAGACACAUCUGCGCUUGCUUAUUCUGAACGCAUUCCAACUACAUCUGNAGAAGGAAAUGUUGCUCACAAUGCAUUUCCUCAGCAUAUUCGAUUUUAUAGGGGUACUCAAGAUUAUGGUUUAAGUGGAAAAGUUCAAUAUCAGAAUGGUAGUCAAUCUGCAUUUCCGACUGUAUCUUACCUACCUCAAUUUUUUCACACUACAUCUGAUUUGAGAAAUGGAAUGAAUGGUGCUCCUAGCACNCUUAAUCCUAAGAAACCAGUUUUUAAUGUGACUUCUAGCUCCAAGUACUAUUGUAGGCCCUAUCGGUCUCGGAGGGCACACAAUGCCCACUUGGUGAAAUUGGCUCCCGAGUUGCCCCCUGUAAACCUUCCUCCUUCUGUUCGUGUGGUUUCUCAAACUGCUUUUAAAGGGUUCCAGUGCGGUACGUCUAAGGUUUAUCCUCCUGGAGGAGGUGUAAAACCUGCAUGGAAAGACACUGUCACAGAUUCUCAGUCAGAAAGAUUUGAUCCUGUUAUAGGUGCAAAACCUGCAUGGAAAGACACUGUCACAGAUUCUCAGUCAGAAAGAUUUGAAACUGUUCAAGGCAGAUCUAUUCAGGCAGAAAAAGGUACCUGUACCGAUCUUGAGAUGCAUCCUCUCUUGUUCCAGGUCACUGAAGAUGGCAAUGUGCCUUAUUGUCCAUUGAAAUUUAGUUCUGGCACUUCUAGUUCCUUCAGCUUCUUCUCAGGAAGCCAACCGCAAUUAAAUCUCAGUCUCUUCCACAGCUCUCGGCAACAAAGCCACAUUGAUUGUGCUAACAAGUCCUUAACGUCAAAAAGUUCCAUUCUAAGAUCUGGAGGCAUUGAUUUUCAUCCACUUCUCCAGAAAUCUGGUGAUGCACAAUCACCUAAUUUUGAUUCCAAUCAGCCUGAAUCACUGGGCACUAGUGGUGUGUUGGCAAUAACGAAUAGAUCUUCUGGCCUUACUGACAAAUCUAAUGAACUUGAUUUGGAGAUUCACCUUAGUUCUGUAUCUGGAAGGCAGAAAUCUGUGAAAAGUAGACAGGCAAAGGCACAUGAUCCAGCAGGGUCCAAAAAAACUGUAGCAAUUAGUGGAAUAGUGAGGGAACCUCUAGAGGACAGUCUUCAUUGUCAGCAGGGUGGGGAAAAUGUUUCAGCAAGCGGCCGCGGGCUGGCUUCAAGUUACCCUUUGGUUGAUCCUAAUGAUAACAUUGCCAGAUAUGAUGUAGAUGAUAUUGGUGAUCAGUCUCAUCCUGAGAUAGUGAUGGAGCAGGAAGAGUUAAGUGAUUCUGAGGAAGAUAUUGAAGAACAUGUAGAGUUUGAGUGUGAGGAGAUGACUGAUUCUGAAGGAGAGGAUGGUUCUGGCUCUGAACAAGCCGUUCAAAAUAAGGAGGUCUCAAUUUCUUCUGAAGAAAAUGUUGUAAAGUAUAUGGCUUGCAUGAAAAAAUCAGGUGAGCCAAGGGCCAAUUCUGAUGCUCAAGUUGAUGGUGGCCUCCUUACAAAUAAUACAGCUUUGACAAAUGAGGAACAAGAUGACCGAAGUAGUUCUUCAUGGCUAAGUUUGGACUCGUGCUCGGCAGGUAAUCCCGUACUUUCAAAGUCCAUACUUGGUCACAGUACGAGUGUGAUUGGAGAAGCUUCUGCUUCUAGAAACUUCUCAAUUGGUAAAGUUGUCACAGAGGAGAGACAUACCAUAGACACAGUACAACAGCCAACUGUUGGUCCCCACGUGUCUACCACUCCACGAAAACCCAGGAAGCGUUUUGGCAAACCAAAUGCAAAUUUAAAUAUAGGUCUGACUGUUGAAAGAUCAAGCAAUGAUGGUAAUCAUGAAAAUGGUUGAUUUAAAUAUUCUGGCAAGUGGGGUUCGAAAAGGAUUGGCUAUCGAAAGGUCAGGCCACGAUGGGUUGAUUGAAAUGUUCUGUCAAAUGGAGUGCAAAUAUGAUUGAAUUUUGCACAUACACGCCAUUAUGAUAAUGUGGAAGUUUGUUGAUUGGUGCACCAUCUGAACUAACUGAGCUUGUUUUCGUUGUUGCUGUUGCAUGGCAUCUAAUAUUGUUGUUGCUAGUGCUGGACGACAGUUAACAAGAACAUAAUGUGGGGAUCUUCAAUUUUUUCGACGCGCUGCACCACCAAGAAUUGAGACUUUAAUUUUGAACUAUUGUUACUCGCAAUGGUUGAAGGUAUAUUGUCUUUGUAAAUAUGUUACUAGAGGUCAUGGGCAAAAUUGGCCUUGGCUCUUUUCUUAUGGUGGAAAUGAUGAAUUGUAUAUGCUAACCUUAUUUCUGUUUACUAAUUCUGAUGUCCCAACAAGUAAUGUUGAAGAAUGUGCCAAGAGCAUGUUGGCAAGCAAUCCUUUGGACUUUCCUUUUCACA